AUGGCGUCGGACCGUUACAGUUUUUCAUUGACAACUUUUUCGCCUUCUGGCAAGUUAGGCCAAAUUGAGUAUGCGUUAAAUGCCGUGGCUGGUGGUGUUACAAGCAUUGGGAUAAAAGCAACAAAUGGCGUCGUGCUUGCCACCGAAAAAAAGACCUCAUCUCCGCUUAUCGAUGAUUCCUCUCUCGAAAAAGUCGCGGUCAUCUGCCCAAGUAUCGGGAUCGUAUAUUCUGGGAUGGGCGGCGAUUUUCGGGUGUUGGUCACAAAAGCACGGAAAGCUGCGCAGAAGUAUAAGCAAGUGUAUUAUGAGUAUCCGCCGACUGGGAUUCUAGUAAAAGAGGUGGCGAGCGUUAUGCAAGAAUAUACGCAGAGUGGUGGAGUUCGACCAUUUGGCGUAUCCAUACUUGUAUCAGGCUAUGACGAGACAGGACCAUCUCUUUAUCAAGUUGAUCCGUCUGGUACUUACUGGGCAUGGAAAGCAUCCGCAAUUGGGAAAAACAUGGUUAAUGCAAAAACAUUUUUGGAAAAAAGAUACAACGAUGAUAUCGGAAUCGAAGACGCGAUACACACUGCAAUUCUCACCUUAAAGGAAGGAUUCGAAGGACAAAUGACCGAAAAUUCAAUUGAAAUUGGUGUAAUUGAUGGUGGGCUAACAAACACUCUGGAUAUUCCAAAGUUUAAAAAGUUGACACCGUCUGAAGUUAAAGAUUAUUUAGCGAACAUAGCUUGA